AUCAUUAUGUCCAACCUGUUCUACUGCUACAUGCGACUUAAGCAAGUUACGUCCUUCCAUCACAACGUCGAUAGUCCCAGCGUUUUAGGAAGUAUUGAUGGUGAAUGGUGACUUGAAGCGAGCGAGGGAGGACCAAGAUCCUGAUGAUGAGCAGAUACCAACUCACCGGACGAAAAUUCCCAAGCAGAUUGAUCAACCUUCAUCUUCCGUUGGAAUUAGCAGCGCUGUUGAAAAAGAUACCGAACUUGCAGAUCCUUGUUCAAAAGCUUUAUGUCCAGCACUGCCCGACGCCCACGGAGAUACCAUCAACUCUUUACUUGACCUAACUUCGUUAUGCUCUCAGGAUGACAUAUCAGCUCGGUUUGACUCGAUUUCAAGCGCUCUAUUAUCCCAAUAUUAUCUUUCAGUCAUUCAUGGCAGCUCUCAAACGGACUAUGAAAUCCUUGAACUAGAAUUUUACCUCCAGAAGUCAGGCUAUCACGAGGACCCAUUCACUCAUGGAAGUACAGAGCAAGAGCGCAGCGGGCAGUGGUAUUUUCAUCGUGCACCGAAACGCUCAAACUCAUCGCAAGCCAAUCUUGUUGCAACUGUAGCAGGAGGUUAUCGGGGCGGUACACGUAAGGGCCUUGAUUUGACAUUUGGUGGCCCAGUAUGCACGCCAACGUCUUCUAGCGCGGAGUCUUGCACCACAUUGGGAAUAUUGCGGGGUGGCGCUCUUCUACGCACCAUACGUCGAUUUCACGACCAAAAGGUCAUCUCAGGGCCCUCACUCCUCGUCGAUGAGAUUCUGCGCGCAUGCAAUGCUUCGAACAUCAGCGAGCUUGUGUCUGUUAAAUGGCAAGGGGACAUUGCUGCCCUUUCAGCCCCGAGCCAACCGAGGAGCGUUUACAUGUACUUGCGCAAGCGACCUGCAUCGAGCCUUGCGGCCUCGCCCGUGUUCCGUUCUCCACGCAUUGGACUCGAUCUUUCUAACCCGGAAACAAAAACCAGCCCCACACAUCCACGAGUUGUCUUCGUCGGCAAACUGUAUCGGUACUUCACUUAUCCAGAGCUCCUCGUUGCGAACGGGCGCCCUCAAACGUUUGUAGGACUAUACGUGGCCCUUGUCGAAGGAAAGAAGUAUGAGCCUGGCUCGCUCAAGUUCCGCAACGAAUUGAGUAAGCUGACGGGAAUCAAGGACACAACUGUUGCCAAGUAUUCGUCAGACUAUCAGUUAGGAUUCGAGAAGGGGAAGUUGGCGAACUUUGUCGGGGCUAUUGGAAAAGGUGCCUCAGCGUCGGCGUCUGCAUAUCUUAAGAUGAUGGGAAUGCUCGCAAAGGUGCUCUACGAGGCCCCGUGAAAUGACCGUAUGUAUUCAAGUAUGUAUGGUACGAAUAUGCUUUUGAAUGGGCUCCGGUCACAUUCAAAAUAACAUGCUCAUCUGGGAAGAAAUAUCAGCAUCGAUAGUGAGGAAUGUGACGACAUCUACCUUCGGAAAUAGCGUUCAAAAC